AUGCCUUCUGGCAUCGAACGCCGACGAACCCAGCACCGACGACAAAUGUCAACGCCUGCUGCAUUCGACGCGCCCACAGUACGACCAUUACCUGCCACCUCACCACUACGACGACACAACCGGACCGGCAUGAGCUUGGAUCUCCGGGGCUUGAACCUGGAGCCUAUCCAUGCUGCCCAACAAGGCCAUUAUCCGGAACACUCACUACCAGGACCCAUCGACACACAAUCCUUCCGGCAGGAAGACAGUACAGUAAGUAUUACUAACCUAGGACAAUCACCACAGCAAACUAUGCAAGUAGCGCAGCCGCACAGUAAGCCCCAGCCGGGCCCCCAGGACUCCUUUCUGCGGUCCCCAGUACAGACUUCUCUCCCAUCACCGCGGACUCCUCGACGGACUCUCCGCGCGCAGUCUCCCCAGCAGCCUCCCCUCUCUCCUUCAAAACCCCCCACUGAACAACAACUAAAAGAUCUCCAUGAGCACAUACAAUCUGUAUAUGGCUCAUGUGGGCAAGUCUUUAUUAACAUCCUCCCCACACCCACUGCAACACCGCAGAAGCCGGCGCAGUUACCAAGUCAUGAGCCGCUCAGUGCGCUUCCUCAGCCUCCAAACUUCACUGACAUGACCGACAUCAAUCUCGAGCCGACUUCAAGUGCCAUGACUUUCGACUUUGAGAACCCAGACGUCGACAUGGGCUACGAAUCCUCGUCAUACUACACUUCAGAUGCAUUAUCGCCGUCACCAAUAUCCUCACCUCAUCAAAACUCGGCACAGCCAUUCCUGGAGGGAAUCGAGGAGCAUCAAGAAAUGAUGUUCUCUCAACCACCAGCACUAUUUCCCUCCUCUCAGAGCUCAAUGUUAACACAAGGCUUGUCCUUGCCUAUCGAUAUCGAAUCGUUCGAACAGCCCGCACUCUUCAAUGACCUCGAAGUAGAUGCGAGUCUCGAAUACACAGGUAUCGCGCCAGAAGAGGUGCAGAGAUACAUCAGCGAGCAACACCCAACGACACAGAAGUGGACAUGCCUUUACGAAGAUUGUGGCAAAGUGUUCGGCAGGCGGGAAAACAUCCGCUCACACGUCCAAACGCAUCUUGGUGACAGACAAUUCCGGUGCAACGGAUGUGGCAAGUGCUUUGUUCGACAGCACGACCUAAAGCGUCACGCGAAGAUUCAUUCAGGGAACAAGCCCUACAAAUGCCCAUGUGGCGCAGGUUUCGCGCGGCAAGAUGCACUCACCCGCCAUCGACAGCGUGGCAUGUGCGUCGGCGGGUUUGCCGACGCUGUUCGACGACAAGCGAAGCGCGGCAGACCAAAGAAGUAUCGUCCAGACAUGGAGCAGCGAGUCGACAAGGCGAGUAGGACGAGACGAGCACUUGUUUUGGCACCGUCGUCUUCAGCAGGCUCCCCUUACUCCGACGCUCGUUCACCGUCACCCCUUGACGGAUACGAGCCUGCUCAAUCACAAGACCUACCCCAGCUUCUUGCCAGCUCCCAAAGCUUCAACAACAUAAUAAACGCAUCAGCGGAUUCUUUCAGUUUCGAUAACUCAUCAAGCCCAUUCGCAGAAGACACCAAGCUCGUAAAUUCGAGCUUCGAGUCGUCUUCUUCUUACGCAGCCGAUGUUGCAUCCAUGAACAUCUUCCAGCAGCUUUCCCAGAAUUCUCACACGCCUCCAAUGUCGCCAGCCGAACUACGACCCCACUCGGCUGGGUCAGCCAAUGGAGCUGCACUGCUCCAGUCAAGUUCACUGAAGCGGUCAUCAACCCCAUCGCGAUCAUCAAUCCAGUCAAAUCCCUUCACAACCCCGCCCACCUCUCCAGCAGAGCCGAAGGACGACCUUGACGAACUUUUCAAUGUCUUGCCUGACAAUUCAUAUUCUCAGUUCGAUCUUGAGAUGAAGGCGAUGGGCGAGUUCACUUCCCUGGAUUCUUCUUCGUAUGAUCUUUUGGACUUUGCCGUAUAG